CACGAGGUCGGCCACGCAUCGAUUUGCCCCAAAUUUCGUCUACACCUCCAUCUUCCAAGACAUUCUGUAGCAACAAAGAAGAACAACAACCCCGGCGACGUCUGUGCAUACUUUCAACAUCCAGGAGACUGGGUUGGGGGGGCUUAGAAAGCCCGCCGAACGGACUUGGCCUCUUUGGCUGUCCUUCGACGAGUCGAGACCUCAUCUUACAAUUCGUUCCAAGGGACCCUGCCGAGUGCUCAUAAAGGGGUAUUUGGAUCCUACUCUCAUCUUACAGGCUGCACAAAGCGUGUUCUCUGGACAGAAGAUUCGCUUCCUCAUGGAUUGGAACCAUAGACUUCCGGCUCGUUACCGCCCGGGAUUGACGGCACCGGCACUUAGGUCAUGGGAAUCGCCCGGUGGGUGAAUCGCACGUUCGUAUCCGAGAAUGUUGUGGGCUGGCUUGACGUGGCAAGCUCAUUGAUAUUCCUGAAUGGUUCCAAGCCCAGACUAGAGCACAUGAAGACCACCUCAUCAUUUCGCGACGGUUGGCCAUAGUACUGCGUGGCUGACCGACACCAACUUCUUAAGCCUGAGUCGGACUAGACGAGGCUAAGGAACAGGUGAGAGCUUUGCUAGACGCUUAAUCCCAGAGAUUAGCCCAGGUCACUUGACAGUUACUCUGACAAGUGUCAGCCAAAUCGGUUAAGGUGAUUUCUUUUAUAGCUCAAGGGUUUCUUUUGCCUGGGCUCCGGAUCUGCCUGAGAUGUUUGACGAACAUUGAUGCAAGGUCACUUUGAAACGACAAGUGACCCAUCCUCUCUCAUCCGAAGGCGAGAUGGCUUUAUCAAAGGACUUCGAGCAAUCGCCGCCACUGACCGCCAGCGACAUGGCCGACCAGACGAAGCGGUCCAACACGCCGGCGCUACUCGUCCGCAGAUCGUCGUUGAUGAACAGGUUCCCCGAGUCUGGAUCGUCGGCGUACGUCCUCGAUUGGGAGACCAACGAUUGCAAGCAACGACUCCUCAACCACGCUGACGACCUUUUGAGAGAAGCAGUUGGCCGCAGGCGGCUCACCAUCGUCCAGGGGCUUCCGCUGGACCUGGUGCAGGUGUUGAGGGACUCGCUGGGCGUCGACCCUGGUUUCCUCGAAGCGCAUGCUGGGAGGCGAAGAUAUCGGCCAUUGAGGCCCGACGACGGCUCGAGCUUCAUAUCCUUUGAAUACCCAGAGCUCGUCAAGACCGCCAGGGGAAACUGUGGGCCUGAUUCUGGUUAUAAGCCGUCUGCGAGACAAUCUGACCUGGUGGAUGUGAUGGAUGAAGCACCCUUCCACAUGAUGUCGAGGGAUGGACAGGCUGUCAUGUUCUGUCAUGCGUCGCUGUGGAUGAGUAGCAAGGCCGAUGUCCUGUUUCUGGAUAGGCCGAUAUGGAAUGAUCCUUCCUCACAAGUCCGCAAGGCCAGGCGGCCACUUUCGGUUACCCGCUCGUGGCAGUCAAAAAUCGACGAAUCGCAAAUGGACGGGACUUCCGUGUGGAAUGUCCUGAUUGCAGAAGGAGACGAGCUGCCAGGUCUCGAGGACAGCCUCUUGCGAACGUUCCGGCAGGCAAAUGUGGUCAGGCAAAGCCUGCCCGAUGUCCUACGCGAAGCCGUCUACGACAAAUGGCAGGACUUCUUCGAGACUCUCCCCCCGUGCUCCCAGUCGGGCUCUCUACACGACUCAUCUCUGUACUGGCAAGCGACAGAGUCUCUCGAGCAGAAUCUGGAUUUGGCUCAAAACCAGGAGCGGCAAACCGAUUGGCGUAGCCUUCUUGACCGAUUGCAGCGCCGCAUAGCCAUCUCACGGCUUGAGACGUCGACGAUUCCACAAACCCCUGGGUGGCCCCGUACACAACCGACAACGGCGGCAUUGCAGACAAGAGAUAUGAAUCUUCCCGCACAGAGCAGUCGGCCAUGCGCGGACGACGGCGAUCACUGGCCGGAUCAGAAGGAGGCAAAUCAGCGAGCACUCGAUCGCGUCACUUAUCUAGGAGGCAUUCUUCUCCCAUUUACCGUGGUGUCCGCUAUCCUCUCUAUGAACGAAGAGUAUGCACCGAACUCGCCGCGAUUCUGGAUUUUCUGGGUGGCCUCCGUCGGUGCUGCCAUCCUUUGCCUGCUCAUCAUCUACCUGGAUCAACUGCGCUGUCUCGAGGUCUACUUUGAGGUGGUAGCCGCUGACAAGGUCGAAUCCAUCUUCCCAUCCGGAAUGCCACACCACAGCCAUGGUGUCGCGUUCAUGUCCAUGUCGGAUACAGGGGUGCGCCGGCCGUCGCGUUUGACAACGGAAAUGUUCGUCGACAUGCCGGAUCCUGGCGUGGGCGACAUAGAAGUCUUGGCCGAUUCGGCCGUGAACCCGACAAUGCUCGUGCAGCAGUGCAAAGACGGGUCGAGACCGAAGGCGUGGCAGCGGAGGCAGCUGGGCUGGGGCGGCGCAAUGAAGAAGGUCGUUGGGUAUUAUCGGUGGAUGGGCGGCAAGCCGGUACAGCUGAGUCCAUACGGGGAGAGGUUCCGGAUGAAGGCAGUCUAGAUGGUAUCGGUCUAGGGACUCCAAGGUGGGUGGGACAUGUCUUUUAGAGAUGGUGAGGCCUGAACGAAAGUGUCACUGUCCACAAGGGAAAACUGACGUCUUGAAGGACUGGGUGUCCUUGCAGGCCGGCGUGGGGCCGGGCCCGGAUGCGACGUCCGGGACAAGGCUUAUGUAACGCCGCAUUGAUCAGACUAUUUCCCAGGUCCCUGGAAGAUCAACCGCACUUCUUCAUCUAUGCCCAUGUUGGACAAAGGAGGAGAUUAUGUUUGCUGCAGUUGCCCAAUCAGGCCUCGCUAAUAUGAUUUUAUUUUUUCGGCGGUUGGUACGUACGGCCGUUGGUCGUUGGACAGGUCAGCAACAGCGCGUGCAGCCGGGGGUUAGGCAGCAGGGGACGGCAGCCUGGCCGAACCAGCAGGACGGACCUACCUACUCACCUGAUAGAAUGGAACCUUACGUUAGCAAAACUCGCAACAGGGCGGCUGGCCGCGAAGUCGCUCAUCUCUUCCUCUCCUAGGCAGGUACUA